AUUAAAAGAGCAACAUGUAAAAUUUGGGGAUACUUCCUGAAACUGAAAGAAGUGACGGUGAAAGGUCGUGCAACAAACUGUGAAACUCUAAAAAUGUGUCGUGCACAUGCAAAAGCAACAAAAUCCUCAACUGCAGUUUCAGAUGUCAUUUUUCAGCAGCAUGAUCCAUCCCAUCUUCUUUCAUCAGGACAAAUUUCAUGCAGCCUUUAAUUAGCUGCAUGUUUGAAGGCGACUGCAGGAGGAGGCUGGCCUGAAAAUAAAACAAGAAGAAAAGGAUGAGAGAGCAGACGAGGAGGAGGGAGAGUCAGAGGGAGGCGCUGGGGGCUGAACGGGAGCUUGUUUCAGUUUGCAGUAAUCGUUCAUCCAGGAGCCCGGAGCUCUCGGGGAUAUUUGGAUUCUUCAGUGUGGAUGCUGGAGCUCGGCUCGGCCUCUCUCUGACUCCCUCGUCUGAUCUGGGUUUGGUGUGAGGACACUGCAUGUCUGGCAUGCAGACAUGGGCCCCUCGUUCUGCUCUAGGAUUACCGUCUGCCUACUCCUCACCUUGGCUCAGGUGAUCGCUGUGACCUGCCAAGAAGAUGCCAAGAACGACAGCUGUGCAGAGAACGGGACGGUCUUCUCCAACAAUCAGAUGUGGAGGCCCGAGGCGUGUCGAUUGUGUUUGUGCGACUCUGGCGCUGUAGUUUGUGAGGACGAGGUUUGUGAGGAGCUAAGCUGUUUGGAGGCCGUGACUCCGGAGGGCGAGUGUUGCCCCGUUUGCUCCACGGCAGCAGCGAGGAAUCGAACCGACGCAGGUGGCUGCACAGAAAACGGCACCACCUUCUCCGACUAUGAGAUCUGGAACCCUGAGCCGUGUCGGGUCUGUAUUUGUGACUCGGGGACGGUGUUUUGUGAGGAGGUGGUCUGUGAAGAGGUGAGGGGCUGCGAGACAAGCGAAGCCCCAGAGGGCGAGUGUUGCCUCCGGUGCUCAGAACAACUCAGCCCUAACAUGGACAAUACCACCGAUUCCUGCUCAGACGGCAGCUCCGUCCACGCCAACAAUCAGAUCUGGAACCCUGAGCCCUGUCGAGUCUGUAUUUGCGAGUCGGGGACGGUCGUUUGUGAGGACUUGGUUUGUGAGGAUGUAGGGGACUGCGAGGCCACAGAGAUCCCGGAGGGCGAAUGCUGCCCCGUGUGUUUGGUGGCAACACUGCAGCCUGAAGCUGAUGCUGACACCUGCACAGAAAAUGGGAAAGUCUACGCCAACAAUGACGUGUGGAGCCCGGAGCCCUGUAAGGUGUGCGUGUGCGACUCGGGGACGUCGGUUUGUGAGGACGUGGUUUGUGAGGACCUCGGGGACUGUCAGAAGACGGUGACGCCGGACGGAGAGUGUUGUCCUGUUUGUCUGACUGCAGAUUCAACACUGACUCCCAGCUCAGACCCAGAAACUGGUGCGGAUGAGAAGAAAGGUGACGGCUGCACGGUGGACGGGGAACUCUACCAUCACAACGACAUCUGGAAGCCUGAGCCGUGUCGCGUGUGCGUGUGCGAUAACGGCGUGUCCAUCUGUGACGAGGUUCAGUGCGACACGCUGUCCAACUGUCAGAAGGUGGUGACUCCAGAGGGGGAAUGCUGCCCCGUCUGCGACACGUUUGCCAGCGCCGGUAGGAUGAUCGAAAUCCUGGGCUUUAAGGGCCAGAAAGGAGAACCUGGUGAUAUCCCAUAUGUGGUGGGACACCCUGGACUUCCUGGACCUUCAGGUCCUCCAGGAGCUCAGGGACCUACUGGACCCAGAGGCUUCAAAGGAAGAAGAGGCUUCCAGGGACCUCCAGGGUUUGAUGGAGAGCCAGGAGUUCCAGGAAACCCAGGAGAACCAGGACUACCAGGACAUCCUUCUCCUCCAGGGGGACACCUGAUGUCUCAGAUGGCUUCAGGUUUCAGUGAGAAGUCUGGUCUGGCUGGGAUGGUGACAGGAACCAGGGGUGAAGUGGGACCACGAGGACUUCCAGGGUCUCCUGGAGCUGCUGGUCCACCUGGAGGUCAGGGCAUUCCUGGAGAGGCUGGAGACACAGGACCGAUGGGAGAACCGGGUCAUCGAGGACCAGACGGACCUCCAGGAAAACCAGGACCUGAUGGAGAAUCUGGACCUGCAGGAGCGACAGGAGAACCAGGAUUUCCAGGAUCAGCGGGCGCCAGAGGAUUCCCAGGACUUCCAGGACUCCCAGGACUGAAAGGACACAAAGGAACUGCUGGACUGGUCGGGCCUAGAGGUGAAUCUGGAGCAGCAGGAACCAAGGGGGUUUCUGGUACUCCUGGAGGGAUGGGCGCCCCCGGUCCUGUGGGUCCGGCUGGGAUGCAGGGAGAACGAGGACGAGCCGGACCGACGGGUCCCGUGGGUAAACGUGGAACACCCGGACAUGUUGGUAAACCAGGACCUCUGGGUCCUUUGGGAAUCCCAGGAAUCCCAGGAUUCCCUGGAAGUCCAGGAAUGAAGGGUGAAGCAGGACCGACGGGGGUCCGAGGAAGUCCAGGACAGCAGGGACCCAGAGGAGACGCUGGACAUGUGGGACCCCAGGGACCCACCGGGCAGCAGGGCGCUGGAGGACCUGACGGAGCUCCGGGAGGACGUGGACAAGCAGGUCUGGCUGGAGUUCAGGGUCCAGCUGGACUCCUGGGGCCCUCAGGCCCCCCGGCCCCCAGGGGACCACCGGAGCAGAAGGACCAAAAGGACAACUGGGGGAAGUCGGAGCCUGGAUUCAAAGGAGAAGCUGGACUGAAGGGAGAACGAGGCGACCACGGAGCUCAGGGUCCUCUGGGCCCCAUGGGGGAGGACGGGAAGCGAGGCCCCCGAGGUGAUGCUGGAUCCAUUGGACCUCCAGGACCUCCAGGAGAAACUGGAGCUCCAGGAAACCGAGGAUUCCCCGGAGCCGACGGUUUACCAGGACAAAAGGGAGCUCAGGGAGAACGAGGCCUUCAGGGAACCCCCGGAGCUAAAGGUUUACCUGGAGAUCCGGGACGCAACGGAGAGCCGGGUUUGACUGGCGCUCGGGGACUCACAGGACUGAUCGGUGCUCAGGGACCAGAGGGUAAACUGGGACCAGUGGGUUCAGGAGGAGAAGACGGCAAACAAGGCCCGGCUGGUUCUGUUGGAAACCGAGGCUCAGCUGGACCCAUGGGCCUGCCGGGACCCAAGGGCUUCUCAGGAGAUGCUGGUAAGAUCGGAGAGGCUGGAAGUCCUGGAGUUCCUGGUCAAAGGGGACCAAAUGGAAAAGAUGGAGAGGAAGGAGCUGCUGGUCCAGCUGGUCCUGCUGGUCCAGCAGGAAAGAGAGGAGAGCAGGGACCUCAGGGAGUCAACGGCUUCCAGGGUUUGCCCGGACAACCAGGUCCUCCUGGAGAGUCUGGAAAACCAGGAGAUGAGGGUCUUGCUGGAGAGGUUGGUGCAGGAGGAGCUACAGGUCCAAGAGGAGAAAGAGGUCCUCCAGGAGAAAGAGGUGAAAUCGGUCCCAACGGGCUGCAGGGACCCAAAGGUAGUCCAGGUGGACCAGGACCAGAUGGGCCAAAGGGGAACCCUGGUCCAAAGGGAGCAGGAGGAGAACCAGGAGGUCCAGGACUGAUGGGGAUGCCUGGAGAAAGAGGAAUACCAGGACCUUCAGGUCCAAAGGGAGAUGCUGGUUCUGUUGGAGAUAAAGGACCUGAAGGUAAAGCUGGAGCUGAUGGAGCCAGGGGUCUUGCUGGUCCUGUUGGACCUGCUGGUUCCAGUGGACCAAAUGGAGAGAAGGGUGAAACUGGACCUCCAGGACCUGCAGGACGUCGAGGCUCCAGAGGAAUUACUGGUUCUACUGGUGAGCCUGGUCCUACUGGGGCUGCUGGGUUCCCUGGAACUCCUGGAGUUGAUGGUCAGCCUGGAGUUAAAGGUGAGACAGGUGAGGAAGGAAAGAAAGGAGAAGGAGGAUCACCUGGACCCCAGGGGAUGGCCGGGAAGCCAGGAACUCAGGGUCCUGUUGGUGUGGCUGGACUGAAAGGAGCCAGAGGAACUCAGGGUCCAUCGGGUUCUCCUGGUUUUCCUGGGUUACCUGGAGGAGUCGGUCCAGCCGGCGCUCUUGGUGCCGUCGGUGCUGACGGACCCAUCGGAGCUCCAGGUAAACCGGGUCCUGCUGGGAUCCGUGGAGAGAACGGAGCUGUGGGCCGUCAGGGUGAGAGCGGACCUCCAGGUCCAGCCGGUAGUCCUGGAGAGAAGGGAGACUCUGGAGAGGACGGUCCUCCGGGUCCAGACGGACCUCCAGGACCUGCUGGAGCUGCUGGACAGCGAGGAGUGGUGGGUCAGCCUGGUCUGAGAGGAGAAGGAGGUCUGCUGGGUCUGCCGGGUCCUGCUGGUCCACCAGGAAAACCAGGAACUGCUGGAACUCGGGGAGGUCCAGGUCCUGCUGGAGGAGUGGGUUUACCAGGAGCCACCGGACCCAGAGGAGAUGCUGGACCUGAGGGCAUCGUUGGCGCUGAAGGUUCUCCUGGUAAAGACGGUCUCGUAGGACAGAGGGGAGAUAAGGGGAACCCUGGUCAGGAGGGUCUGGCUGGUGUUACCGGGUCUGCAGGUACUGAGGGUCCGGUGGGUUUAACUGGAAGUCCAGGACAAAGAGGAGAAAACGGACCCAGAGGAGCUCCUGGACCUCAAGGACCAGCUGGAGUUCGAGGGAAAGUGGGUCCUCAAGGGCCUCAGGGAGAUAAAGGAGCCACUGGAGAACCUGGAGAGAGAGGUCAGAAAGGACACCGAGGGUUCACCGGCCUCCACGGCCUGCCAGGAAUAACCGGCGCCACAGGAGAUGCAGGAGCAAUAGGAAUAGUUGGACCAGCUGGACAGAGAGGACCUCCAGGAGUGUCAGGGCCUCCAGGAAAGGAAGGAAACAUGGGACAGCCGGGACCGAUGGGGGCUCCUGGAAGCAGAGGAGUCAGUGGAGACAUCGGAGCUCAGGGUCCUCCUGGUGAACCUGGACCCACCGGCCCUCCAGGCCCUCCAGGACCUCCCACCGCCGCCAUGGAGGACCUCCUGGUUGCCCCGGUCGACUACGACGGUAACGGUGACGUUCCAGAAGCCGUGGAGUUCUCUGAAUACGAUGCGGCCGCCGAUCCUCCUCCACCUCCGGAGUUCAACAAAGACGAAGCUCUUCCCAACAAGAACUCUGCCAUCCUGCAGGCAGAAACCGGCGUCCACGCCACACUGAAGACGCUCAGCGGACAUCUGCAGAACCUCCGCAGCCCCGACGGCAGCAAGACCAACCCAGCCAAGACCUGCCAGGACAUCAGGCAGUGCUACCCCCAUAAGAAGAGCGGCGACUACUGGAUCGAUCCAAACCAGGGGAGCACUAAAGACGCCAUUAGGGUCUUCUGCAACAUGGAGACCGGAGAAACCUGCAUCUCGGCCAACCCGACCAGCAUCCCCAGGAAGGCCUGGUGGACCAAAUCCAGCCCCAACGCCAACAAGGCCGUCUGGUUCGGAGCUGACAUGAACGGAGGAAACAGACUCAGAUACGGAAACAAGGAGGAGCAGCCCAACGCCGUGGCCGUCCAGCUGAAGCUGCUGCAGCUUCUGUCCAGAGAGGCACACCAGAACAUCACCUACCACUGCAGGAACAGCGUGGCUUAUAAAGACGCCAAGGGCAACCUGAAGAAGUCUCUGGUCCUCCGAGGAUCCAACGGCCAGGAGCUGCGAGCGCAGGGCAUCAACCGUCUGAGAUACUCCGUCAUCGAGGAUGGCUGUUCGAAAUCAAGCGGAGAGUGGAGAAAGACAGUGCUGGAGUACAGGACUCAGACUCCAGCCAGGCUGCCCGUCAUCGACGUGGCCCCCAUGGACAUCGGAAAGACCGGUCAGGAGUUCGGCCUCGACAUCGGCCCCGUGUGCUUCUCAUAAAAUCUCCAGACCUAUCAGCCUUCUGAAGAGGAGGAACACCACAAAUCCAACACAUGGACGCCUCUAUGUGAGCCAAUGAAGGCUUGAUGUUUGAUUGCUGCCGUUCUUCGCAGACAGAGAGCUGGACGCUGAUUUAUUCACCUCGUCUAUAAUUCACCAUCUGUAACAUGAAAUCAGACGGAGGUGGGUUUAGAUGGAUUGGAAACUUGCAUAAGCUGGGAUUUUGGAAGCGUUCAUGUUAGAAGGAAAUGUUUAUAGUGAAUAACAGCAUCUUUUCUUCAGUAAAUGCAGUCCAGAGGCCUGGAUAGAGACGAUCUAGAGAUGCGUAGUUUCUAACUUUAAUGGAAUAAAAAAUGAAAUUCAAGCUUGAAUCUAAAUUAUUAAGUUCUGCUCCAGAACUCAUUUACUCUUUCACCAGAACACCUGUAACCUUUUCCUGUAAAUGCAACAUAUGACUGUAAAUUCAAAGUGUUUGUUUAUUGUGUGACUGUGGAUGUGGAAUAAAUGUCUUCCUUUGGACAGACUGUGCUCCGGACACAAACUAAGAGCAGAUGAAUGAUGAAUAAAGCUCCUCACCACCACCA